AUGAGUGGAUCUCUCGCUUCAACCAGAUGUCUUGUCUUGAAUGUAACACCCUCGAAGAUUAUAUAUCCUCCUACUGGAUGUAUCUUCUAUCAACUGGUGUAUCUACAAAUAUAUACACAUCUACAAGGCUGGUAUGAUCUACUUACUUGGAUGCUCAAACAUUCUCCUAAACUACAAGUCUUGAAGCUUGUUGGUGAAUGUAAGGAUAAUGAUGAUGACUUUUAUUCGCUCGGCUGCGAAUGGAAUAAACCAAAGUGCGUCCCUGAAUGUUUGUUGUCACAUUUGAAGAGAUUUGUAUGGAUAAGAUAUGAUUGGAAAAAAGAAAAGGAAGAAGAAGUAGCUACAUACAUCCUUAAAAAUGCAAGAGGCUUGAAAAUUGCAACUCUCACUACAAAUCCUAUUAGACCGGGCCAACUUGAUAAGUUGAAACAGAGAUGUAAGACGCGCAAAAAAUUGGAUGGUGUGCUCAAAGCUUCCGGUACAUGUCACCUUGUGUUCAAAUUUGAUUGA